AUUGCAGCCCGGCCUCCUUGCUCCGUGUGAGCCACUCUGCAACUCCCAUCAAGUCCCCUCAGAGAGGCCAGGACACGUGGACUUCACUGGCUUCCUGCAGCGUCUCUCCUGAGCAGCUCCUUGCACCGCCCCCCAAGAGCACCGGAGAGUAAGCUGAAGGUCCUCCACGCUGCUUAGGGGUCUUUGUCCUGGGACCAGCCCGAGUGAAUCCACUCAGGGAUCCUCGCGAGAAUACCCACUCCGCUACCAGCCCACCCUGAAGCCCGCCCUGAGGAAGUGACCGAGUCAGAGUAUCAGCUACGGGAGCCCACAGGCCAGUCUGUCCUUCUUGGCGGCCACCCACCAAGCUGAGCGCUGGGGCCCAGGAUUCAGGAGAGCUGACAUGGCCUGAGUUUGUAAUUAGAAAAACAAGGCUACAAAAAGUAUAUACAAUAAGUAAUAAACAAAAACUCCAUGGAGUCUUGGCCGUGCCUCUGCCCAGGACCCCAGUGUGGGUUGGCGGUAUGGCUGGUGCCCGCCGGCCCCGGGUCCGGGCCGUCUGCCGUCCAUGGUCUGCAUUACGGGACACCUGACGUGGUGGCCGUGACGCAGACGAUGGCAUCUUUCUGCCAGCUUCUGAUGCCUGGGCCGAGCGUUUCCCCGCGGGGAGAGAGGCUCCAAAAGGGGAGCCCAGGGCAGGUCCCGAGGCCGGGAACGCCCCGCGCGGCGGCCCCGGGAGGGCGCCGUUCCCAUGGUAACGGGAGCUUAAGCAAACGCGGUGGCCGGGAGACCGCGCGGGAUCUGCGCCGCCCUCGGGCCCAGGAUGAUGACGUGACUCUGGCUGCUGCUGAAGGGUCUCAUCUGCUUCCCCAACAUGUCAGAUGAAAAUAAUCAGCCAUCAGGAGGAGCAUCGCCUCCUUACCCUCCCACAACUUCCGGACAUUCUGCACAGACCUUAUCUUCAGAGGAAGAGGAUAAUGAGGGAGAUGAGGAGCGUUCAGGGGGAGAAUCUCUAUUUCCUGAAAAGGAGAAUGUGGAGGUGAAUGAGCAUCUGGAAGAAGAAGAAUUCCUUUCCAACCUAGAGGAAGACCAGUAUCUGGAGGAAGAAACAAACCUGAAAGGAAAGGAUUAUCUGUAUGAACAGAAGUAUCUGAAUAAAGCAAAGUACCUACAGAAGGAAAAGCAUCUAGAAAAAAAAGAACAUCUGCUGGAAAAGUAUCUGGAAAAGGGUGAGUGUCUUGAGGAGAGAGAGUAUGUAGGAAAGGGUAAGUAUCUGAAAGGAAAAGAGCAUCUGGAAGGGAGUGAGCUGGAGGAGGACCUGCCAAAAGACGGUAGCUCCAGUUCACAACACCCAGGAAAAAACAACAAACCAGAUACAGACAGCCAAAGCUCACACUGUCAACCCUACCCACGUGGCCUCCUUGUGCUAUUGCUAGAAGCAGCUAAUAUGCCUUCACACAUAGACCCAAAUGAAUUCAAGGUGGCUGAUUCAUCACAAAUUCUGCCUAAUCUUGCUGCAAGGAACCUGGCUUCUGGCACCGCCCAGGGGACCCCCUUGUCCAGCGGUGCCGCUCCUCCCUUCGCUGCCUCUGCCAGGGAGUCUCCUCUCUCGAACACGGUGGCUCCCUCAUCGUGCAUGCAAUGGAAUGGAGAAUCUCUGACUUGGCAACACCAGGGCACGCAGACGGAGUGGACCUAUGAGAGCAUGUCGGCAUCUAUAAAAUUACCAUUAGCAAUGGAACAAGAAAGCUCAACGGCAAUACUAACCUCCUCAAAGGCAGUAUACAUCACCAGCAAAGUGCCACAAAAGGAAGAAAAUGUCAUGGACUUUGUCUCUCAAGGGAGCUGUUUGGAUGGCGUAUUGAAUGAGCCUGCUGACACGCAGGACGGCAAGGACCUCGACAACAGUCUUUUUAACAGCUCCUAUCAGUCAGUGCUUAGGGCCCUGCUGAAAGGCUCGGCGACUCGCAGUGAACUGGAAGAGGAUAUUGACAUUCCCCUGACUGGGCAUCUGGACAGCGAAGCCAGAAGGAAGCUGGGAAGUCUGCUGAAGAAAAAUUAUGACAAAUACAAGGAAACAAUCCUCUGGAAUUUGAAGAAACGUGAAAACUUAUUCAGCCCCCAAAUUGUAGAGGUACCUACUUUCACAUUUCAUUUACCGAGUCAACCACCAAAAGAAGAAGAGGAGUCUGAGACAGAAGUCAAAAAAUCUCAUCGUACUGUUCGCCAAAAGGAAAAAUUAGAAGUAGAUACAGAAUGGAUAAAGAGCAAGACUGAGGUACAAGAAGGUGAUGGAAAAUUAAUUCUCUACCCCAGUGAGAAUGUCUUCCAAAUUAUCUUUCAUGAUGGAUCAGGCCAGAUCCAUUAUCCAUCAGGUAAUGUGGCUCUGCUCAUCCUCAGUACAAAAGAGAGAGAGCUCACAUACAUCAUUCUGGAAGACAGCGAAGAAAUGUGUUUCCGGGCCUUUGUCAACAACUCUGGCCACGCCACUUUCUAUGAUGAAAACGGAGAAAUCUGGUUGAGCCUGAGCCAAAACCUGGGCUACUACUUCAACAAGAGCAAACGGCAAAAGGCCUGGAACUGGUGGAAUCUCAAUGUUCACACCCACGCACCCCCUGUCCAGUCCAUCUCCUUGAAAAUCAACCGGUACAUCAAGGUGAAAAUAACGGGCCAGGAUAAGAUCAUCUUCCGCUUCGUCCACCAGAAGAAGCACAUUUGCUUAAACCUGGGCACCAAGUACAAGUUCAUACUCCCAGAGACGCUGAGUGAGAUGCAACAGAAAGCAGUCCUGGAGGUGGAAUCUGGUUCAACAGCUCGCAAGAUCCACAUCCUUCUGGGAAAAAUUAGUAAAAUCCUGAAUUUCCUGACCACCUCUGAUUUGGAAAUCUUCAUCAAGGCUGCCAAGAUCUUGCUAGCAAGCACUAUGAGUAUGACGAAGAAGUCGCCCCUGCCAGACUAAGGCAGCCACCAGCCUGUCCCAGGGCUUCGCCAGCACCUACCACCUGUCUCAGGAGGGUGCAGGGUCAGCAGUGCCGAGCAGUACCCUAAAGCCCUGUUUAUGUCUGUGACAGUUGGCUUGUAAUUUAACCCAUCACAGCUCCUUGAUUUGAAAAAAAAAAAAAAGUUUGGGGGGAGGCUGACAGCAUCUGUGCUUGAAAAGACUAAAUAAUCAGAAACUACUAAGUUCAGCCCUGACCUGACAACAUUAAAAGCAAGUUAUUUGUUAGGCAACACAUGUCCAGACCUGUCCUGCCUGCUUCUACUGGUCUCUGGAAUGCAGUUCUUGCUCAGCCCUGUGUUUGGGUGACUCAGGAUCUGACUGUCUCAGAGCCGAGCCCCGCCAGCUCUUGGCUGUGUGACCGUAGGCAAGUAGCUCUAUGCUUGUUUCCUCAUCAGUGAGAGGAGUCUAGAGAUAAUACGCCAGGAGGCCCUCACUAAUCACCACCUCACCACAAACACCCGACCGACCUUCUGUCCCUGCCAAGGCAGAGGGAAACCCAGACAGGAAACCGACACCAGCCUGCAGCAAGGUCCCCAAACCAGGGGCUGGCUGGGAGCACAAAAAGGCCCGCCCCAAGCCCGCUCCGGUAGCUGGGGCCCUUUUGCUCGCUGGUAACAGUCACCAAUUCAAGCAGGGAACGCUAAAUGGGAAGUGGGCACUCCGGAUGGGAGCUACAGAGGGCCUUAGGGAGGACUGGGGCACAGGCUCCUCCAGAGUCAGGAGGGCUUUGUCCUCUUCGUGGCAACACUCGUCUUGCUCUGAAGACAUGUUUUCUGUGCAUCUCAGGUCACGCAUCUUUGUCUCUCAAAAGACCUGACUGGCCUGGUGUGAUCAGGAGGCCAUGACGGAGCGAGUAGUUCUGUAAACAUGGCUCCUAGCUGAAGCCUGAGCAUGGGGAAGGACAGUGGUUUCCAGAGAAGGGAUACUCAGGAGCUGGGCAGCCCCCUCUCCGUGUGCCUUUCAUACAUCCCAGGGACCCUGCAAACUUCCCAGGCUGGCCUCAUGGCAGCCUAAACGAAGACCAGUAUAGGGAACCCCUUCUUCCCAGCCCAUUCUAGCAAUCAGCCAUCCCAGCUGUCAACAGUGACACCAAGCCCCACCUCCGAG